AUGGAGGAGGUCUGGAGCAGCGCCUGCCUCGGCCUCCUGGAUUAUAAAACGGAGAAGUUUGCCCUGACCAGGAACAGGAAGGUCGGCCUCUUGCAUCGCGUGGUCCAGCUUGGGAUCUUGGGGUACAUCCUUGGAUGGGUGCUCCUAACCAAAAAGGGCUACCAAGAAAAGGACACAGACCCUCAUGUAUCUGUCAUCACCAAACUGAAAGGGAUUUCAGUCAUCCAUAUCAGGGAGCUGGGAGACAGGCUGUGGGAUGUGGCAGAUUACGUCAAGCCCCCUCAGGGAGAAAAUGUAUUCUUUCUGGUGACUAAUCUCAUUGCUACCCCAAAGCAAGAGCAAGGAUCAUGCCCAGAGCACCCUUCUGUUCCUGAUGGACGUUGCAAGGGGGAUUUGGACUGCACCGCAGGACAGGCGGUAGCCCAUGGAAAUGGAAUAAAAACAGGAAAGUGUGUCAGCUACAACACCUCCCAUAGCACCUGCGAGAUCUACGGGUGGUGUCCCGUGGAAAACAAGACCUUGCCCAGGAAACCACUCUUGGGUGAAGCAGAGAAUUUUACUCUUUUUAUCAAAAACGCUGUCCACUUUACCAAGUUUAACUUUUCCAGGACCAACACCUUGAAGACCACCGAUGACUCCUACUUCAAAGGAUGUAGAUAUGACGCCCUCGAUAGUCCUCUCUGCCCCAUCUUCUAUGUCCGUGACAUGGUCAGAGCCGCUGGAGAGAGCUUUGAGGACCUGGCGCUCUUGGGGGGAGCCAUCGGCCUGCGCAUCGACUGGAACUGCGACCUAGACCGGCCUCCUUCAGAAUGCCAGCCGCGCUAUUCCUUCCACCUGCUGGAUAAGAAAUACAAUUUCAGAACCGCGUCCUAUUAUUGGGGCCCCCUGAACCGGCACUACAGGAGCCUGCUGAAACUCUACGGCAUCCGCUUUGACAUUUCCGUCCACGGCCAGGCUGGGAAGUUUAGCAUCAUUCCCACAGCUAUCAACUUGGGAACCGGAGUUGCCCUCCUGGGCGCUGCCACCGUCGUUUGCGACCUGGUUCUGCUGUACCUCGAUACGAAAGCAGAAUUCUAUCGGAGUGAGAAGUACGAGGAGGUAUCACCAUUUCAGAACUUUGGGGUUCUGUUUGUUUGGUUUGGCUUUUUGACAGAUCGCGCCAAUCUAGAACUCCCUUUUAUUUUUUUGGCAAAACAUGCCCAUUUAGAACUUUAUUUUUAAUAACAUGGCUGCCUUUGCACAGAUUUUUACUCCCACAGCCUCCUGCAUCCCAAACACAUUGCUUCUGUCGUACCUGCAUGCUGUAAUCCUGCCCUGUAAUUUGGCACUCCUUCUCACAUUCCGGUGCAGAGAAGUGUCGAAUCGGCCCGAAGCUGAGGCUCAUGCUUUGUGCACAAAGGCAAUUGCAUGGGGACAGGGUGGCGGGGGCGUUCUUGCUCUUCCAACAGUUUGUUACAACACUGAAUACUGGAUUGCAAUUAAUUUUAGAUUAUGAGCCCUUUGGGGACAGGGAGUCAUUUAAUUGUUUUGUUUGUUUGUUUGUUUGUUUGUUUGUUUGUUUGUUUGUUUGUUUGUUUGUUUGUAUCUAUGUAAACCGCUUUGGGAACUUUUGUUGAAAAGUGGUAUAUAAAUAUUCAUCGUAUUCGUAUCGUAUUCAUAUUAUCAUCGUAUCCGUAUCGUAUUUGUAUUUGGAUCUUAGCAUGAUCUUAGCUGUUACCAUUCUUCCUGUCUCAGGAACAUAGGAAGCUGACUGAAGUCAGACGCUUGGUCCAUCCAGUUCAGUAUUGUCUACACUGACUGGCAGCGGCUCUCCAUGGUUUCAGGCAGGAGUCUUUCCCAGUCCUACCUGGAGAUGCUGCCUUCUCAUGGAAACCGUCAGCAUGCAAAUCCUACACUGGACUACUGCUGGGACAUCCCAAGACGAAUGACAGGGAAUGCCCACUGAAAUGCUCUGGUUCCUUCCAAAUGGCCACGGAAUGCAUUGCGUUUCUGAAUGGCCAAUGACCAUCCGGAAAUUCCAUGCAUUCCUAUCCUAUAGCCAUUUGGAAGGGACUGGUGCAUCUCAGAGGGCAUUCCCUGUCACUCAUUUUAGUCCAUUCCUGGAGUCGUCAUGAUUCUCGACAUCUUGUAACAGAACCUCCAAAAUUGCAUCUCUGUAAGUGAGGGGUGUGGCCAUGGCUAUGGGGCGUGGCUGUCAUGGUGGGUGUGGCUAUGGGGGCUAUCAUGGGGAGCGCUUGCACUUUUGAAUUUGUGACCACAUCACUGGGGGGAGCCUCCAGCCCUUCUCCCUCUGGUGAUCCUUUCCCUCCCCCAUCGGUGCAGCUCCCUCCCUCCCCCCCUCCAGCUUCUCGCUACACUGAUCCAGCAGCCUCACUCUCCAACGGUGCCCCCCAAAGACACUUUGCUUCCACUAAGAGGGAGGAAGAAUUUUGAAUGUUCUUCUCUCUUGUUCCGCAGGCAAAGCCCCCCAAGGACAAAGGGAAUGUGGCUACCUAGUACAGUACCACAGAGUGGACAGAUGAUAAAGCAAGGCCUGAUGCAUGACGGAUGUUCAAGAGGACUAGCUCUUUGGAUAAGCUUCGUUUUUCUGGAAGCAGAGCUGUCAUAUGGACUAGGACCGAGGAGGCCCGAGUUCAAAUCCCCACUCAGCCACGGAACUCACUGGACACCCCCAGGCCAGUCACCUCUCUCUCUUAGCCUGACCCUCACAGGGUUGUUGUGAGGAUAGACAUAACCAUGUGGGCUCCUCAGAGGAAGAGUGGGAUAUAAAUGUAAUAAAUAAAAAUGUUAAAGCCGGGGUUCUCAAUCCUGGGUGCCCAGAUCGUGUUGGACUUCAACUCCCUUUUGGCCAUUGUGGCUGGGAAUGAUGGGAGUUGUAGUCUCAUCACCCCAAGAUUGCGACACCCUGCUUUAAAGGCUCUCAGGGAGCAGAGUCGAGCAAGGCCUCUCUCUCUCCCAGAGCCCUGGGGAACUGUUGCCUCUUGGCGUAAGCCCUGCUAACUGGGCAAAGAGGCACCUUUUUAAUGUGGUGAUUCUCUUUAUUUAGCAGGGGGGAGAGCAACUGAUCCUAUCUGUCCCUGGCACAGCAUCCCUCCAAUGGCUGUUGCUGGGGUCUAUCUUAUGUUUCUUUUUUAGAUUGUGAGCCCUUUGGGGACAGGGAUCCAUCUCAUUUCUUUAUUAUUUCUCUAUGUAAACCGCUUUGGACACUUCUGAUGAAAAGCGGUGUAUAAAUAGUUGUUGUUGUAGUAGACAGACCACUGGUCCGGCUCAGGAUAAAAAGUCAGCACAAUUGGACAAGCUGCCUUGAAGUCAAUCAGCACGAUCAGAAUGAAAGGCUCUUGGGUGCC